GUUAGGGGGUAGUGUUGCCGGAGAGCCAGCCUCGCUCCCGCACUUUCCAGUUCACCCUGUCACCGGGUGCCUCCCCCGAGCUGCAGAGGGUGGGGGGCGGGAGUAGGGGGAGCCAAUCCCAGCAGCGCCAAAGGGGGGAGGCGGCAGUGACAGCCGCGGGGAGGGGGCGGAGGAGAGGCGGCUCGGCUCCGGCUCCGCACUCAGCUCGACUGUGCCUCCGGCUCUGCGCUCACCUGCUGCCCAAGCCUCCCGCUCCUGUCCCAGGUCCCCGGAGCAGGCCCCGCAUCCCGGCCCCAGACCCAACUCUCCCCACCCUCAGCCCCGGCCGCGUGCUACGCCGCCAGGGGGCGCCGUGUGAGCGCCCUAUCCCGGCCACCCGGCGCCCCCUCCCACGACCCAGGCGGGAGGGGGGCGCCGGGGGCCAUGCGGGGCCAGGGCCGCAAGGAGAGUUUGUCCGAUUCCCGAGACCUGGACGGCUCCUACGACCAGCUCACGGGCCACCCUCCGGGGCCCACUAAAAAAGCGCUGAAGCAGCGGUUCCUCAAGCUGCUGCCGUGCUGCGGGCCCCAAGUCCUGCCCUCAGUCAGUGAAACAUUAGCCGCCCCAGCCUCCCUCCGCCCCCACAGACCCCGCCCGCUGGACCCAGACAGCGUGGAGGAUGAAUUUGAACUGUCCACUGUGUGUCACCGGCCCGAGGGUCUGGAACAACUGCAGGAGCAAACCAAGUUCCACCAAGGAGUCAGGUCUGAGUGUCCCAGCGGAAUCGUCAAUGAGGAGAACUUCAAGCAGAUUUACUCCCAGUUCUUUCCUCAAGGAGACUCCAGCACCUACGCUACUUUUCUCUUCAAUGCCUUUGACACCAACCACGACGGCUCCGUCAGCUUCGAGGACUUUGUGGCUGGCUUGUCGGUGAUUCUUCGGGGAACGGUAGAUGACAGACUGAAUUGGGCCUUCAACUUGUAUGACCUCAACAAGGACGGCUGCAUCACUAAGGAGGAAAUGCUCGACAUCAUGAAGUCCAUCUAUGACAUGAUGGGCAAGUACACGUACCCUGCACUCCGCGAGGAGGCCCCAAGGGAACAUGUGGAGAGCUUCUUCCAGAAGAUGGACAGAAACAAGGAUGGAGUGGUGACCAUUGAGGAAUUCAUUGAGUCUUGUCAAAAGGACGAGAACAUCAUGAGGUCCAUGCAGCUCUUUGACAAUGUCAUCUAGCUCCCCAGGAGAGGGGGUUAGUGCAUCCCAGGGGACCACACUCCAGCCCUAGUCUAGGCAGACCUCACCUUCUCUCCCAGGUCUGUCCUCAUCUUAGCCCUACUCUGAGAGCUGUAGGGAUCCAAGAGUCUGGGGACUCCCUAGUCCAGAUCCCUGGAGCAGAAAGGGCCAGACAGCGGGCAGAGUGCAUCUAGGAGGUGUUCCCAGCUCCCAACAGCUUUGACCCCCUUCCUGCCUGACACCCAGUGCUGAGGGCACCCCUGCAGUAGGAAUUGUUGCCACACCUCCCACCUUCACUCCAGAAAUGUUCACACUAGCCAGAAUGUCUCCUCCUAUGGUGCUUCCCCCUCCCUGAUUUCAUAAACAUUUCCCCUAAAAUUCCCUACCCAGUGAGGAUGCUCUGUUCUCCAGUACAGUAGCUGGCUUUUCAGACCAGCCUUUGAAAAGUCCUGUGAGAGGGGGAAAAGGAUGUAGAGGAAGAAAUGAUGGCUCUGAGCUGCUGGUUAGGUCCUAGGAAGUGGCUGGGCAGGAACACAGGAAGGCCUGAGAAGACUGUGAGAGCUCAGGCGUGCCAGGCUGUAGCUCCGAUUUCCACAGGUCUGCUAUCCCCCCUCCAUCAGAAUGUGAGUUUCUAGGCUUUUUGGAAGAUAUCUCCUUGGAAACACUGCAGAAAUUUUCCAUUCCCUCCUAGUCUCCUAGGAGAGCCCGGGAUCCAGUUAUCUGCCACAUCCCUAGAAUUCUUUCCUCCCCACCCUCCUGCUUGUGUUGGUGGUGGGGGCAGCAGGAGAAUGAGAAUAGGGGUGGAUGUCCUUGCUGACACCUGCCACACUUUCUGCCUGCCCGGCCUGCUCCUCAGCUGCUUUGAUGGCUAAGGCUUGAGUCUGCAUUUGCCACGUCCUCUAGAUUUGGAGGUAUGGAGUGAGUCAGGGACCUUCCCAAACCUCGGUCCUUUCGCUCUCCCAGCGGAUGCCUUAGACGAGGGGAAGAGGGAGGCAGGAGGCAGGCAUAGCAUCUGAAUGCAGGGUGGGGACUUCAUUAGAAUCUUUAAACAACCCAGGCUCGACUUAAACUACACACAGCCUCCUCGAUUCCCUGGGGUCUCCCUUUUGCUCUGUUCAGUCUACCCAGAGAUGUCCCUGAGCACAGAUAGAGGGCAGGGACCACGUGGUUGCCAGCACCGCUGCCAUGCUGCCACCCCUAAUAUACCUGCUUGUCCCAUUUAGCUCCCAGUCAGCAGCAUCUGAAGAGAAGGGCCCCAGGGGGCCCCCUUUCCAUCAGAACACUGCUGACUGCUUUGCAUUUUUGGCUCUUCUGUAUAUUUUGUAAAAUAAGAAGUACACCAGAUCCAAUAAAACACAACGGCUAUGCA